AUGUUCCUGCAGAUAACCAGGACAAGUUCCUGCAGAUACAUUGGGCAAGUUCCUGCAGAUACACAGGUCAAGUUCCUGCAGAUAUAUUGGGCAAGUUCCUGCAGAUACACAGGGCUAGUUCCUGCAGAUACACAGGACAAGUUCCCUUCAGAUAACCAGGACAAGUUCCUGCAGAUAUAUUGGGCAAGUUCCUGCAGAUAUACAGGGCAAGUUCCUGCAGAUAUACAGGUCAGGUUCCUGCAGAUAAACAGAUACACAGUACAAGUUUCUGCAGAUACACAGGACAAGUUCCUGCAGAUAUACAGGUCAAGUUCCUGCAGAUACACAGGUCAGGUUCCUGCAGAUAACCAGGACAAGUUCCUGCAGAUACACAGGACAAGCUCCUGCAGAUACACAGGGCAAGUUCCUGCAGAUACACAGGGCAAGUUCCUGCAGAUACACAGGACAAGUUCCUGCAGAUACACAGGACAAGUUCCUGCAGAUAUACAGGGCAAGUUCCUGCAGAUACACAGGGCAAGUUCCUGCAGAUACACAGGACAAGUUCCUGCAGAUACACAGGACAAGUUCCUGCAGAUACACAGGACAAGUUCCUGCAGAUAUACAGGGCAAGUUCCUGCAGAUACACAGGACAUGUUCCUGCAGAUACACAGGACAAGUUUCUGCAGAUACACAGGACAAGUUCCUGCAGAUAUACAGGUCAAGUUCCUGCAGAUAAUCAGGACAAGUUCCUGCAGAUACACAGGACAAGUUCCUGCAGAUAUAUUGGGCAAGUUCCUGCAGAUACACAGGACAAGUUCCUGCAGAUGCACAGGACAAGUUCCUGCAGAUACACAGGUCAGGUUCCUGCAGAUACACAGGUCAAGUUCCUGCAGAUACACAGGGCAGGUUCCUGCAGUUACACAGGGCAAAUUCCUGCAGAUAUACAGGUCAAGUUCCUGCAGAUACACAGGGCAAGUUCCUGCAGAUACACAGGACAAGUUCCUGCAGAUACACAGAACAAGUUCCUGCAGAUAUACAGGGCAAGUUCCUGCAGAUACACAGGUCAGGUUCCUGCAGAUAUAUAGGUCAAGUUCCUGCAGAUACACAGGACAAGUUCCUGCAGAUACACAGGACAUGUUCCUGCAGAUACACAGGACAUGUUCCUGCAGAUACACAGGUCAAGUUCCUGCAGAUACACAGGACAUGUUCCUGCAGAUACACAGGACAAGUGUCUGCAGAUACACAGGACAAGUUCCUGCAGAUACACAGGACAUGUUCCUGCAGAUACACAGGACAUGUUCCUGCAGAUACACAGGUCAAGUUCCUGCAGAUACACAGGACAUGUUCCUGCAGAUACACAGGACAAGUGUCUGUAGAUACACAGGACAAGUUCCUGCAGAUAUACAGGGCAAGUUCCUGCAGAUACACAGAUAUACAGGUCAGGUUCCUGCACAUACACAGGACAAGUUCCUGCAGAUAACCAGGACAAGUUCCUGCAGAUACACAGGACAAGUUCCUGCAGAUACACAGGACAAGUUCCUGCAGAUAACCAGGACAAGUUCCUGCAGAUACAUUGGGCAAGUUCCUGCAGAUAUACAGGUCAAGUUCCUGCAGAUACACAGAACAAGUUUCUGCAGAUACACAGGACAAGGUCCUGAAGAUAACCAGCACAAGUUCCUGCAGAUAACCAGGACAAGCUCCUGCAGAUAUACAGGUCAGGUUCCUGCAGAUACACAGGUCAAGUUCCUGCAGAUACACAGGACAAGUUCCUGCAGAUCCACAGGGCAAGUUCCUGCAAAUACACAGGACAAGUUCCUGCAGAUACACAGGGCAAGUUCCUACAGAUACACAGGACAAGUUUCUGCAGAUAUAUAG